AGUGAAAUGAGAACAAAAUACCCCUACGCAUGAAGUCAUUGCCCUGACUAGUGUGUGAGUGCCUUGGUCUGUUCCCUUCUUUCUUUGGACAGUGCCGAACAUUAUGAAGCUUAUUCGUCCAGAAAGUUUCCCUUGAUGUUGAAGUUUGCGAUACCACUUCUUGUUUAAGUGAGAACGGGAGAAACUAAGCUACGCGCAGCUACGUCUUAACUUCGCUAACACUUGCGUUUGCUACAACGUAACGAUUUUUCACACGUCUUUCCUUCGCUCUUCCCCCCCAUAGGGUUUGUUUACGGAAGUAAACCGCGAUGCGGUCGGAGCCAGCAGAAGUUUGUGACACGAGCGUACGGAUAAUAACUUCACGUCGAUGACGAGUUAUUUCUCAGUGAGAGCUGAAAUGAUCGUUACAUCAAACAGGAGAUUAGAUUCGACAGCGAUAUUAUCCGAUCAACCAUAUCACGGGUUUAUGGCUUACCUGGUCGACGACUGAAUUAGAAUAUUCUGUUUAGAAAAGGUAACUCUCUGGGUUAUUUUAAACUAGUAUUUCCGUAAAACUGUGACUUACACAAGUGUAAAGAUUAUCACGGGGACCAGACUGGAGUGAUGCCUUCACUUUCACUCUCCGGGAGGGAACGGAAGUAUGUUUCCGCUUCUCCUGGAGAGGAUGUAUAAGAUGAGCUUAUUUCACAACAUCAAACUGAAGCGUCGAAAAGUUGAUUCGAGAUGCAGCAGCGAUGGUGAAACCAACCCCGAUCCGAACAACUCUUCACCUGACAGUGUAGUCACUUUAGAACCUGUGCUGAAGGAAGAAGAGCUGGUUCACUUUGCAAGCGAGUUCCCCUUAGGAUCAGGCGAAGGAGGGGAGGAAUCCUUAAUAACACAGUCUGAAGAUCCAAACAGGUCCCCCGAUACAAAUAUGCUGGAGGAAGAGCUGGAAUCUGUGAAAGGAUCUCCGAUGCAAAGUGUACAGUCACCCUCUCAACAAGCGGCUAGCUCAGAAAGAGAAAUGUUAAGCAGUAGUUCACAAGACAACGUUUUUCACGAUGAAGGGAAAUGUACACAAGAAGGAGCUCCAGAAGUUCGGUCAGAAAAACCCAAAGAAUCUUUAGAAGAGCGUGGAUUGGACUUAAGCGCGUCAACCAGGCAGAGGGUUUUUAUAGAAGAACUUCCCCAUUUAAAUCCUCAUUUGUGGUCUCCUUCUAGUGCACAAGCCUACAAGCGUCAUUUCAGUGCUCAUGAAGAACGGCCCCACGUGAAGCAGCAAAGUGUAUCUUCGUUGAGAGGAGCACCGCAUCAAAAAAUGCCAUUAGUGAUGAGUGAUAUUCCAAUUUCUGGUGCUGGUGAAACAGUGAUCUGGACAAGUCCAUCUCAGGGGCUACAGCCAUCUGAGCAAACAAGCACAAGUUCUAUAAUAAGUAGUGAAAUCCCUGUAAGUCGUCGACAUAGCGUAUCUAAUAUGGAAAGGAUAGGACUUUUAGGUAGACCAGUUUCCUCGCGAUCCCACCCUCUUUCUUUGUACACCUCAACACCUACAUCCCCAAUAACUUCUAGUGCGCCAACUAUAGGACAAUGUGGAAUCAGUGCUGGUCCAAUUAGUGGGUUAUCUGCAAUAGGAAACUAUCCUUCUUUCGAUCUCCAGUACGGGACAAAUGUGCAAAGGAUACCAUUCACAGCAACAUCAACUUCCACUUCCAGAGAGGAUGUGUUGCCCCAAUUUCGGAGUCGGAGCAGUAGUUUGGUGAGCACCAGUCUCAUAUCCUGGUCAGAAAAACUGCCACAACCAGGACCAUCUUCUCCCACCCAGUUACCAGACACUCAGGCAUUAAAUCUCAGUGUAUCAGGGAACGGGCGAAAAGAGGAACCAACUGUCAUGGCAGCGACACCGUCCACAUCUCGUGGUCCUGAAGUCGAGGAGGAGGAAACAGAGCAGCCAAUGGUGUGUAUGAUUUGUGAGGAUAAAGCCACAGGUCUUCACUAUGGUAUCAUAACCUGUGAAGGGUGCAAAGGUUUUUUCAAACGCACAGUACAGAACAAACGAGUUUACACGUGCGUAGCAGAUGGGAAUUGUGAAAUCACGAAGGCCCAGAGAAAUAGGUGUCAGUACUGUCGCUUCCAAAAGUGUCUUCGUCAGGGCAUGGUUCUGGCAGCUGUUCGAGAAGACAGAAUGCCGGGUGGGCGAAAUUCUGGAGCUGUGUAUAACCUUUAUAAGGUAAAAUAUAAGAAGCACAAGAAGGGACAGAAGAAUGGUCAAGUUAGACAAGAACAACAAAAACCACCAAGUAGUCGCUACCCCCAGCAGGAGUGGGCAAAUGGCCAAAUCCUCAAAACAGCUCUCACUAACCCAGCCGAUGUCAUGCACUUACGUCACCGCCUUGAAAACUGCGUCACAAGUUCGCGCGAUCGUCAAAUGCCAGUUGAGCAAGCUUUAAGUUCGAUAACUCAGCUGAUUCAAUGCGAUGAUUUUGAAGACGUUGCGACGUUAAGCAACUUACAGGACCUUUUAAGUAUAAAAUCUGAGCUAUCUGAAAAACUCUGCCAGAUAGGAGAUAACAUAGUGUUCAAGUUAGUACAGUGGACCACUAGGUUACCGUUUUACUCAGAACUUCCUGUAACGGUCCACACUCAGUUACUGACCCACAAGUGGCACGAGAUUCUGGUGCUAACUACAUGUGCUUACCAAGCUAUCCAUGGGCCAAUCAAAGGUUCCGAGGCAAGCCUGGAGCAGGACAUAGCAGCAGGCCUCUGUCGUCUUCAGACAUGCCUAGCUGCUAUGAUGGGACGACCAAUUACAUUAGACCAGCUGCGCUCAGAAGCUGGCCCUCUGGUGGAACACCUAACACAGCUUAGUUCUGCAUUUCGCCGGAUGAGGUUGUGUAUUGAAGAAUACGUUUGCCUCAAGGUGAUCAUCAUGCUGAACCAAGCAGAAGAGUACCAAGGUCAACGAGAGCUCGAGGCAAUCCAAGAGCGUUACCUAGCAAUUCUUCGCGAAUUCAUUGAGCAUCGCUUCCCACAACAACCCAGUCGAUUUAGUGACCUACUAGCUCGCCUCCCAGAAGUCCAUGCAGCUGCGGGACUCUUGCUGCAAAGCAAGAUGUUUUACGUUCCGUUUAUUCUUAACACCAGAAUCAGCAGAUAACGACUGUGGUUUGGAACUAUGUGUGGUCUUUAAAAUUUGCAUACACGUGGGGACAAUCACUAAAAGGCGGGAGGGUGUAAAACUACCGUCGGCGCCCCAAGAGUGUUCAGAAGAGACGACGUGGAAACGCAUUCCCCCCCGACUAGUCAGUUCCUGGGAUAGUCGCCUACACCAGGUUGGAGGUAACAGAAUGUCACACUGACCACGUGGGAGAGGUCAGCCUCUAUCUGGUUCUGUGCAAUAAGUCGUGCAGAUUAAUAAAUCGUGA